UAAUGACUGGAAAUUGAAAAGAGAAGCAAGUAGCAGAAAACAGAAGGCGCAGAAUUUUGCGAAGCAAGCAAGCGAAAAGGACACAGUGAAAAGCUUCUAAUAGCUUGAGAAAUUUUCUUUAAGGGGACGUGUUAACUUCUUCCCUUCUCUGGCCUCUGAAUUAAGAACUAAUACAUGGGUCCAGCAUCAGAAUUGAUGUCCGAGAGAUGUUGCAGUAGGCCUCCUGGUAUUAGGAUCCUUGAGUCCAAUAAGAGAAGCCCUGUUUCCUUCAAGACUUACCAAGCCAUCGUGCUAGUUGUAACAUUUUUGGCAUAUGCUAGUUAUCAUGCUACCCGAAAAACAACAAGCAUUGUAAAGAGUGUCCUUGAUCCCCAGUCAACAGAUUUUGGUUUGAAGUUCUCUCUGUUGAGAUCAAAUAAUACCAAUGAGUCAACUGGAAACAGAAAAUUUUCCUGGGUUCUUGGAAGUGGUUGGGCUCCAUUUAAUGGAUCAGAUGGAACAGCCCUGCUUGGUGAAUUGGAUGUUGCUUUUCUUGCAGUAUAUGCUUUUGGGAUGUAUUUUUCUGGCCAUUUAGGAGAUAGGUUAAAUCUGAGGAUUUUUCUGACCGUGGGAAUGUUGGGGACUGGUUUGUUUACUUCCCUUUUUGGCGUAGGGUACUGGGGAAACAUCCACAGCUUUUAUUAUUACUUAGUGAUGCAAAUGAUUGCUGGAUUGUUUCAAUCCACUGGAUGGCCGUCAGUAGUUGCUGUUGUUGGUAACUGGUUUGGAAAGAAGAAGAGAGGGUUGAUUAUGGGUAUAUGGAAUGCUCACACUUCUGUUGGCAACAUUUCUGGUUCGUUGAUUGCUUCUGCUAUGCUAAACUAUGGAUGGGGAUGGUCCUUUGUUGUGCCAGGAAUUAUCAUUGGUUUCCUUGGUUUGGUGGUUUUCCUUUUGUUGCCUGUAUCACCUGAGUCUGUUGGAGCUGGAGGAGAGGAAGAUGAAUGCAGCUCGCCAAAGAAAAAUGGAGAUGAAGAAAUUGCAGAGCCACUGUUGAGGCCCGAGACCAUUUUUGAGGAGGAGAAAGCUAUAAGGUUCAUAGAGGCAUGGAAAAUUCCAGGAGUUGCUCCUUUUGCUCUUUGUCUUUUCUUUGCUAAGUUGGUUGCAUAUACGUUUCUCUACUGGCUUCCAUUCUACAUAAGCCACACAGCAAUUGAUGGCAAAUAUCUAUCUAGUGAGACAGCAGGAACAUUGUCCACUUUAUUUGAUGUUGGAGGAGUGCUUGGAGGAAUCCUGGCUGGCCACAUUUCAGAUAGAUUAGAUGCCAGGGCGAUAACAGCAGCAAGUUUCAUGUACCUUGCAAUCCCUGCUCUCUUCUUCUAUCGGUUUUAUGGGCACGUGUCUUUGGUUCUAAACAUAGCAUUGAUGUUCAUCACUGGCAUGUUUGUGAACGGGCCCUAUGCUCUCAUAACAACAGCUGUUUCGGCUGACCUGGGAACACACAGUUCUCUGAAUGGAAAUUCACGGGCUUUGGCAACUGUGACAGCGAUAAUUGAUGGAACUGGUUCUGUAGGGGCGGCAAUUGGCCCUUUAAUAACUGGCUACAUCUCUAAAGACAGCUGGAAUGCCGUUUUCACGAUGUUAAUGGCAGCAGCUCUUAUUGCAGGGCUGCUUUUAACCAGGCUUGUAAUAACAGAGGUGGCUACAAAGAUUGCUGAGUCCAGCUCUCGUGGUCAUGGAGCACAAGAGUCUGCAGCAGACGUAUGAAAACUUUAAGAUGGAUGGCAGUACAUUUAUCUGGCUAUGUUGUGUGCUUACACCAAGAGUGCCCACCAGCUCUCGUUCACUGCUUCAGGUCAUUAAAUCAAAGGACAUGCCCGGUAAUGGCUGAAAUGGAGAGGGCGUUUAAUUUUAUCCCCCUCCAUGAUUUUAUAGAGCAGUUUGGCUUAUUUUUUUGUACAUAAAUGUGUGAUGUACCCAGUUUGGCAUAGUGUCAUCACAAAAUGAUGACCUUUACAAGAAAUGGAUAUAAUUUUUCUAUAUUGUAAGUUCACUUGGAGCUCAGGAUUGAGAUUUCCCGGUGAGUUUAAAUAUGGGGUUUGGUGAGCAUACAACAAAUGCCUCAAUGUUACUCUGUAAUUUUUGUUGAUUUUGUUAGAAGAAUUUAUUGCAAUUAGAUUCCCAAUAACACCGUAGUUCUAGUAAUUGUCCAUAUUUUGACUCUGACUUUUGUUAAUGUUGUACAAGAGUUGGGUUGGACCAGGUUAACUACUAACCUGAAGCCGGCCCAGAGAUAGAUUCUUUUUUAUCAACUGCAAAUCCUGACAAAA